AGCAAAUCCUUACCUCUGCUCGUAAUCCCGAUUCGUAACAAUCCAGCUCAAUCCUUUUUUUCCUCUUGAUUUUCCUUUGAUUUUCCAUUGAGAUGAAGCAUUUGAGUGCGUCGCUGGCCGUCGUUGCCUUCUGCGUGAUUGUCUCGCUCGCGACAAGCAUCUACGCCGUGCCCAUUGCCAUUGCCCAGAAGCCCGACUCUGCCGCCAUGGCCGAGCGCGACUACCACCGGGUGGGUCUUGCGGCCAAGCUCGCCCGCCUCAACAACAACAACCACAAGAAGAUCCAGCUGCCCGCCGCCCGCGUCGGCAACGAGUCCGAUUGGUCGUCGUGUAUUGACAUUCCGGUGCUCGGCGAGACGUGCCUCGUUCUCUAUGUCAUUCCGGAGAAUCUUACUCUCGGCGCCAAGCUCACCAUUGACAACCACACUGUUCUCGACGAGGAGCUGGACGGCAACCACAUCUGCCUCUCGGACACUUCGCUUCUGUCGCUGCUCGAGCUCAUUCCCGCACUGAUCCCGUUCAAGGCCAUCAUCGACGCCAUCAUCAAGGCCGACAAGUACAUUCCCGCCCACAUUCUCAGCAUUUGCCUCAACCUCACCAACGUCGUGUUCAAUUCGACGUCUGUUUCCGGCUGCGCUGAUCUUGACAGCAAUAUCAUGUGCUUCGAGUCCAAGUGCCUGUACUCUGGCGACGACAGCUUUGGCUGCUUCAACAUUCCCACCUUUUAAGCGUGGCGCAGUCCGAUAGUCUCGUGCCGGAGCGGUGUGAAUACAACAUGUUUGCGAAAUGCUCUCGCCGUCUUUCGUGCUUUCUUUCUUUGUACUGCAUUUUUUUGAAAGAAAGUCCACGUUCAGUUUCA